CAGACGACCUCCUCUUCCUCCACUUCGACCCACAAACCCUCAGAAAGUCGACUCGUCUCCGCUUUAACCCCAGUGCAUGAUGGGAGUCGGUGUGCAGAGAGACGAUGAAGAUGAUGAUGACUUUAUUAUCCAGUUUGCACUUAGUCAUCGGAUUUCUCUCUCAACCCUCUCAGAACCUGUAAAUAAUGUUAAUGUAAGUCCAGUGCCUUGCUCAGCAGCGCCGCGGCAGUGACAACCUUCCACUGCUGGAGAUGAUGUCCCAUUAAAGUGUCUAUAGCGCCCCCUGGAGCCAGCGGGGGGUUCAGUGCCUUGCUCGAGGUGGUCCAGGACUGCAGGACCCUGAGGAAGUUCCUCUGGAAGUUUGACAUAUUUUUUACGUUUCAAACUUUUUUUUUUAGCAAAACCCGAAUGUAGAAGGAUUCUGUUCACUGCAGUUCAGACAGACCGACUCAGUAUUUAUUAAACUGGACUCAUGAGACUGGAAGACCAACAAUCUGGGAUUUAAAAAAGACUUGUCCCCGAAGGAUUAAGGAUUCAUUCACAAUGUGUUCGGGAUAAAAAAUCAAAAGAUUUUGAGAAUGAAGUUCAGAAGAAAGUUGUAAUAUUUGAAGAGUCCAAAUAUUAGAAAGUUACUUUACAACUUUAUUCUGAAAACAUAAAAGAAAUUCCGACUAGUUCUACAACUAAAGAUUAUUUUCAUUAUUGAUUCAUCUGCAGAUUAUUUUCAGGAUUAUUUGUUUGGUCUAUAACGUGUCCAAGGUGAAGUCUGUAAAUGUUUUGUCAGAUAUUCAGAAAGAAAUAUUUCAGAGGCAAAUCCCCACGAAACAGGAAGCAGAGUUCUGUGUGCUUCCUCAUAUUUACUGUUUCCUGUAAAAAGUUAGGGAGGAACUUGUCGUGGAUACUGAUUGGUGUUUACAGCAGCCAACAGCAGCUAGCACUAUGAGCUAGCGUCAGCGUCUGCCUUCCAUUGAACACAGCCGGACCCGGGACCGAACACCAUCUUUGAGACCAACAGGGAAUCCAGUACUGAUUUGGGUUUGGCUGUGUCAGUUAGCUUAGCUGCUCGGCUGACUGAGCUAACAGUUAGCAGUUAGCUACUGAUCAAUCUUUCUAUAAGGAAACUCUGUAAAUGACUUCGGUACUGUAACGUUAUUCCGUCGGUCCCGGAGGAUGUGUUCGACUCUAAAAUACCGACCUGAAAAUACCUGAAACAGGACUUCCUGUCAGUGUUGGACAGAUACACUGAAAUAUCAAUUCUGACUUCAUGGGGACUUUAACUGAUUAUCAGAAUAGUUAUUACAUAUUAUUUUAUACAAUUAUUUUUCUGUUGAUUGAUUAAUGGCUGCAGCUCUGACUUUUGUCUCCAAAUAUGAAAACUUUAUUUUUGAAAUGUUACAUUUUAUCCAAAUAUUCUGACCUUUGUAUUCAUAUUUCCUGUAUUUAUUCUUCAAAUCUGAGAGUUUUUCUGCUGUUGGAUCUUAUUUUAACGUUUGUGGACGGUAGUAAAGGUUUGAGACCGAUGUCUCACUCACUGACUGCUGGAAUGAACCUCGAACCCAAACGUCCUGAAGACGAGAACCACGUUGGACUCAAAGUGAACUGUAAGCCUUACAAGGAGAACUGGUUCUGCCCCGGUCUGUCUCUGCUGGGAGAGGCUGUGCUGGAUCAGGUUUUUAUUUUUCUAACCCGCCUUGAGCUUUCUAUCGUUGACAGUCAGGAAUGUAACGAAUGUUCGUGAUGUUACACCAAAGACGGAUGAAUGAUGUAACAGAUCUGAUCUGUGCUGCUGUUCAGUUUCUGGUUCCGACGUCAGCGCUUUCUAAAAACCCUGAAAGACGUCAAAGAGCUCAAAUGUUCGACACGUCCUCGCACAGAACACAACGCUGUAGGUUUCCUCCUAGUGAGCAUCAAUGCAUAUCUAACAGACAGACGCUCUACGGGGAACCAAGCCCCUACAUUUGGUGGCUUAAGUACAUUUAUUGGUUCCCCGAAGGUAAACACACAUCCUGGAAAACCUGGAAAUUUACAGACUAGUUGUUCAGGCAUGGAAACACUUGGAAUUUGAUUAAAAUGACAAGAUAUCCUGGAAAUAAUGUGUGUUGUCCUGGAACAUUUUAAUUUCAUCCUGUGCUGUGGACAAAUACUUUUUCACAGCAGCCAUUUUGACAUCGUGUAAACACCAAU